CCUUGCAAACGAUCCCAUCACUUGUCCGAGCUCUCUCUCUCGGAUCACCUUCAUUUCUCGCGAGUUUUCUUUUGCUCUUUCCGGUCGAAUCAGUCAGUAGUCGUCAUCAUGUUGGGAGUGUUCAGCAGCGCGAUCGUGUCCCCUCCCGACGAGCUCGUCGCCGCCGGCAGCCGCACGCCGUCGCCGAAGAUCUCGGCGAAUGCGCUGAUCAACCGCUUCGUUGAGAGCAAUGCCUCCGCCGUGUCCAUACAGGUCGGCGACAACGUCCAGCUGGCCUACAGCCACGACAACGAGUCCCCGAUACAACCGAGGUCGUUUGCUGUUAAGGAUGAGGUAUUCUGCUUGUUUGAGGGAGCACUUGACAACUUGGGAAGCUUGAGGCAGCAAUAUGGCCUGGCCAAGUCUGCAAAUGAAGUGAUUUUGGUCAUUGAGGCUUACAAGGCGCUUCGCGAUCGGGCACCUUACCCACCCAACCAUGUUGUUGGCCAUCUCCACGGAAAUUUUGCUUUCAUUGUAUUUGACAAGUCCACCUCCACCGUGUUUGUUGCUUCUGACCAAUUUGGCAAGGUCCCUCUCUCUUGGGGAAUCACUGCUGAUGGAUAUGUGGCCUUUGCUGAUGAUGCGGAGUUACUUAAGGGUGCCUGUGGCAAGUCACUUGCUUCAUUCCCUCAAGGGUGUUUCUACUCCACAAGUGUUGGAGGACUGAGAAGCUAUGAGAAUCCUAAAAAUGUAAUCACUGCUGUACCGGCUACUGAUGAAGAGAUCUGGGGUGCAACAUUUAAGGUUGAAGGGCCAGCAGUUUUUGCAGCCACAAAGUAGAAGAUGUUCGUGAUAUUGAGAACGUAUAUCUUCAAAAUCUACUAUCCAUUUCAGGGAGAGAAUUGAGGUUUAUAUGGUGUUGAAUGAUGCAUCAGAGGUCAUGUAAAUACCUGGAAUGGUACUGUUGAUAGGGAGUGGCUAAUUUGGUAGAGCUUUGUGUAUCUUUUACCUUAGUUUUGUUCGAUGUGUUCUAGCUUUUACCAAUGUACAGCUAUGUUUUAAUAAAGUUUGUAUCAAGGCUUGAAUUCAGUGAUAAAUCCACCAUCAGUCCCUUUGAAUGGUUUUCGGCA